AAACAAAAACCUUAAAGGCUUAAACCCUUAAACCUGUGCGCCGCGUUCUUCUCCUUCAUUCUCUCAAACACACAAUUUUGUUCUCAAAUCCCUCAAUUGCUUUCGGUUUUUACAGUUUCGAUGGCUAUUGACGGGAGUUUCAAUCUUAAACUUGCGUUGGAGACGUUCUCUGAACGUUGCCCCAAGGUGGAUGCUUUUCCUACUUUCAUUUCGAUUAUCAGCAAGGGAGAAGAAGUGGUGGAUAACGAAGUUGUGAUUAAUGCUUUAUCGGAUGUAUUUCUUCACCCGGAGCUUACGAUUCCAUUGGUUCAUUGCUUCCUUCCCAUCAUAAGAAGAGUUGUAGAUAGAGUGGUUGGUCUUCUUCAUUUAGUGGGUGGUCUAAGCUCAAGUACUGGCUACUCAGAGGAUGUGUCAGUCUUGGAAAAUGCCAUGAAGGAAGGUGUUAGUGUGAUCGAUUUUUAUGUUCGGCGUGGGCAAAGGCUGGAGCUUCAUGAAUGUGCUUGCUUGGCAUUCAGUCGUGCUCUUCAUAUGAAUACGUCUUUGCUAGGGUCUAUUCUAAGUUAUUUUAAGAAAGCUCCACCACCAUACGAGCGAAUUCUUGUGAAAGAAAUAAUUUCUGAGUCGCACAUUGAGGCUACUACAGCUCCAUACUUGCUUUGUCUUCAAGUAUCAUAUCGUUUUCUGGUUAUUAGACCUGAGGUUUUCUGUAAGCUGUGGGAUUGGUCCUGUUACUUGGAUUCCAUGAAAAGGCUCUCUGACUGUCCCAGACAAAAAGGGCAUUUCUUGGAAAAGCAUAGAGACGCUGUGUGGUGUGGGAUACAAAUUCUUUCUGUUGUUUUGAGAUGCAAUGACAGAAUGGCAGGAUGUUAUGGUUUUGAAGUAGAGGAAGCACUCUCAUGCUUGCUACGCUGGGAGGAAUUUUGUCAGGAUAUAGAAAUAGAAAAGGCUGGAUCAUACAUUCAAUUGCCAACAUACACGGGGUUGAGGUCUUUGCAAAAUUUUAGUACCCUUGUACCUGGGACUCUUAAGCGACAAUCAGCAGGGGUAGAAGAGAAGGAGCCGUUGAUGAAGAUGCGGAGGCUGGACACCUGGGAUGUCGAAUCUUUCUCUGAACCAUUUGAAAUUCACUCUAGGGUGAAGAAAUCUUUUGAAAUGGUCUCAUUGGCUGUUAGUCAAAAAAGACCUGUUCUUCUGUAUGGUCCCUCAGGCUCUGGAAAGUCUGCCCUUAUUAGAAAGUUGGCUGAUGAGAGUGGUAACAAUGUUGUAUUUAUCCAUAUGGAUGAUCAACUUGACGGGAAAACGUUGGUGGGCACUUAUGUGUGUACUGAUCAACCUGGCGAAUUCAGAUGGCAGCCUGGCUCACUUACCCAGGCUAUUAUGAAUGGUUUCUGGGUGGUUCUUGAGGACAUAGACAAAGCUCCAUCAGAUGUUCCCCUUGUCUUGUCACCUUUGCUGGAAGGCUCAUGCUCAUUUGUGACCAGCCAUGGAGAGGUGAUACAGAUAGCAGAGAGUUUCCAACUAUUUUCAACCAUAUCUACACCCGAAUGCAGUGUAUCACACAUCAGGGAAGCUGGAAAUUCUCUAAGUCCUCUGUGGAGGAGAAUUGUUGUUUACCCUCCAGAUCGUGAGAGCUUGCUAAAUAUUGUUGGUGCUCGGUAUCAAAACCUCAUACCUGUUGCAGAGAAACUUAUUGAAACUUAUGAAACUGUCAACUCUGCUCUUCGUCCCCAAUUUUCCGGUUCAAAAACUGAAAACUCAGUGACUUUCAGCUCUCCAAGUAGAUUUUCACUGAGAGAUCUGCUCAAGUUUUGUGAACGGGUUCAUGGUCUGUCCUCGUAUGACGGUCAUGCAAUUUCUCAGGAGGCAGCAGAUAUAUUCUCUGCGUCUUAUAUGUCAACUCAAAACCGAGUGACAGUAAGUGAAAUUGUCGCUAGCAUUUGGAAUGUUCCCGUUCCAGGAUCUCAGCAUAAGCCCCCAAUUCAGGAAUUUUCUAGAACUCUAAAAAUUGGCAGAGUUUCUCUUCCCCUUGGUGAAACUGCGUCGCAUGAUCGCUCAAGGUUUGUUGAAACACGCACAUCCACACGGUUACUUGAGAAAAUAGCUCGCUCUGUCGAGUACAACGAGCCAGUUCUCAUGGUAGGAGAAACAGGGACAGGGAAAACUACUCUAGUUCAGAAUCUUGCACAGUGGAUCGGACAGAAACUCACUGUUUUGAACUUGAGCCAGCAAAGUGAUAUAGUUGAUUUAUUGGGAGGUUUUAAGCCUAUUGAUGCAAAGCUUAUGUGCAAAAUGCUGCACAAUGAAUUCCAUGAGUUGGCAAGAGAUUCGAAGAUGAAGGAUGAUUCAGACGUUAUGAUAUGGCUGCGAAAAACAUUUAGAGCCAAGAGGUGGGAUAAAUAUUUGAUAGGGUUAAAGAAAACUAUUGACCAUCACAUCAAAACUUGGGAAAAAGGGUCUAAAUCUGGUAGGAAGAGGAAGACACCGGAAGAGAUUGAGAGUUGGACUUGUCUGUCCCAAAAAGUGAAGAAGAUUCAUCAACAGAUUUAUUCAGGUGGAAUGGUUUUUAAAUUUGUCGAAGGUGCAUUUGUGACUGCCCUCAGGGAGGGAUAUUGGGUUUUACUAGAUGAAGUGAACUUAGCCCCACCGGAGAUAUUGGGCAGGCUUAUUGGUGUUCUUGAAGGAGUGAAAGGAUCACUUUGUUUAGCUGAGAGAGGGGAUGUAAUGGGCAUUCCCAGACAUUUGAAUUUCCGUUUGUUUGCUUGUAUGAAUCCAGCCACAGAUGCGGGUAAGCGAGACUUGCCGUUCUCCUUCCGUAGCAGAUUUACAGAGUUUGCUGUGGAUGAUGACUUGUGUGAUGAUGACCUGGAGAUAUUUGUGAGGCGAUUCUUAGGUGGACGUGAAUCUGACAGUAAGUUAGUUGGCAACAUUGUUUGCUUUUACAAAGAAGCUAAAAGGCUAUCUGAAGAAAGCUUGCAGGAUGGUGCUAAUCAGAAGCCACAGUAUAGCUUAAGGUCUCUUUACCGUGCACUAGAAUAUGCGAUAAAAGCAGAAGGUAUUGGCGGAUUUCAGAAAGCAUUAUAUGAUGGAUUUUGCAUGUUUUUCCUCUCUUUAUUGGAUGCUUCCAGUGCCAAGAUUAUGCACCCCAUAAUACUACAACUUAUCUCAAGGGAAAGUAGCCGUGGGCAACCACUUCAAAGAUACUUGGGAGAAUUAAAAGGCAGUUCUGAUGAAUACGUUAUGACGAAGAGUGUAGUUGAACACCUUAAUCAUUUGGCGCAUGCCAUUUUUAUCAAAAAAUAUCCUGUUCUCUUACAAGGACCAACAUCCAGUGGAAAAACAAGCCUUGUCAAAUAUCUUGCAGCAAUAAGUGGAAACAAAUUUGUUCGGAUCAAUAAUCAUGAGCAGACAGAUAUCCAAGAAUAUUUAGGUUCCUAUAUGACUGAUUCUUCUGGGAAGCUUGUAUAUCACGAAGGAGCGUUGGUGAAGGCUGUUAGGGAUGGACAUUGGAUUGUCUUAGAUGAACUAAAUUUGGCCCCAUCUGAUGUCUUAGAGGCACUAAACAGACUGCUUGAUGACAAUAGGGAGCUUUUUGUGCCUGAGCUGCAUGAGACAAUCUCAGCGCAUCCGAAUUUCAUGCUCUUCGCUACACAAAACCCUCCUGCUUUAUAUGCAGGACGCAAAAUACUCUCUCGAGCUUUUCGUAACCGUUUUGUGGAGAUUCAUGUUGAUGAAAUUCCAGAAGAUGAACUGAGUGAAAUUCUUUUUAAGAAGUGUAGUAUUGCAAAAACUCAUGCUACAAAAAUGGUUGAAGUGAUGAAAGACCUGCAGCGCAACAGGCAGAGUAGCAAAGCUUUUGCAGGAAAGCAUGGAUAUAUAACUCCAAGAGAUUUAUUUCGGUGGGCAGAUCGGUUUAGGGAAUAUGAAGGUAAAUCUAAUGAAGAAUUAGCCAGAGAAGGGUAUUACAUCCUUGCAGAAAGGCUGCGUGAUGACACUGAGAAGCUAGUUGUUCAAGAGGUGCUGGAGAGACAUUUCCGGGUCAGUCUUGCAAAAGAUGAUUUGUACAAAGAGGAGUUCCUUAAGCUGGAUCAGCCGUUUUCCAGGAAAAGCAAAACAGUCACCUGGACUCGAAGUAUGUGGAGACUAUUUUUCCUCAUCCAACGUUCUUAUAAAUUGAGUGAGCCUGUUCUUCUUGUUGGUGACACUGGGGGAGGCAAAACAACAAUCUGCCAACUACUAAGCGAGAAUAAGGGCCUAAGAUUGCACAUCCUUAACUGCCAUCAAUACACAGAAACAUAUGAUUUCCUUGGUGGGUACUUUCCUGUGAGAGACAGAUCCAAAUUAGUCACAGAAUACGAGAAUCAAGUCAAGCAGUUAAAGCUCUCUGAGGCAUUGGCACCUUUUGGCCAAGAGAUUGACCUUUCUGCAGAUAUUGGUAGAGCUGAAGUGUUGAUCAAAUCAAUAGAGGUAAUUCUAGAGAAGUUCAAGAACGAUUCAGUAAUAGGAAUGGCGGCCACUCCGCAGAAUAUUGAUGUUCUUGAGAAAAUACGGAACAAUAUGGUGAUGCUGUAUCAAAAAUGGCGUGCAAUUUUUGUGUGGCAAGAUGGUCCCCUUGUGGAAGCAAUGAGAGCUGGAAAUAUGUUUCUUGUGGAUGAGAUAUCCUUGGCUGAUGAUAGUGUAUUAGAAAGACUGAAUAGUGUGUUGGAACCAGGCAGGAAAUUGUCGUUAGCUGAGAAAGGUGGUCCCGUCUUGGAGGAAGUUGUAGCUCAUGAAAAGUUUUUUGUUCUUGCUACCAUGAACCCGGGUGGUGAUUAUGGAAAGAAGGAAUUGUCACCUGCACUUCGUAACCGUUUUACUGAGAUAUGGGUCCCUCCUAUUACAGGGACUGAGGAGCUGAGAAGUAUUGCUUUGUCUGGCCUUUCCAACUCAAAGGAAUCUGAUAUCGUAAAUCCCAUUAUUAACUUCUGGGAAUGGUUUAACGGGUUGCAGACUGGGAGAACGCUUACUGUCAGAGAUCUCCUCUCUUGGGUUGCGUUUGUCAACGUGAUGAAUGAGAGCUUAGGACCCGCAUAUGCUAUUCUUCAUGGAGCAUUUCUCGUGGUACUUGAUGGUCUAAGUCUUGGAACUGGUCUUUGUGGGAGAGAUGGUAAAGAUCUUAGAGAAAAAUGCUUCAAUUUCCUAUUAGAACUACUUAAGGUUUUCACUAGCGAUACACUCCUUCUGGAACUAUCAAGAAUGGAGCAAUAUGGCUGGGGUGAUGCCAAAGCAAUUUGUCAAGAAAGUAAGAGUGUUCUGAAUAAGGACAUGUUUGGCAUCAAUCCUUUUUACAUAAGUAAAGGUGAUGAAACUCCUGAGAUUGGUGGAUUCGAGUUCUUAGCACCAACGACCUGCAGGAAUGUGCUUAGAGUAUUGCGUGCUAUGCAGCUUUCAAAACCAAUUUUGUUAGAAGGUAGCCCUGGUGUUGGAAAAACAAGUCUGAUAAUGGCGGUUGGUAAAUAUUCUGGCCACAAGGUUGUGCGCAUAAAUCUUUCAGAGCAGACUGACAUGAUGGAUUUGCUGGGAUCGGAUUUACCUGUGGAAAGUGAUGAGGACAUGAAAUUUGCGUGGUCUGAUGGAAUUCUCUUGCAGGCUCUAAAGGAAGGCUCCUGGGUUUUGCUAGAUGAACUGAACCUUGCCCCGCAAUCUGUUCUAGAGGGUUUGAAUGCCAUUUUGGAUCAUCGUGCUCAAGUCUUCAUCCCAGAACUGGGCUGUACCUUUGAAUGUCCCCCGACAUUUAGAGUUUUCGCAUGUCAGAAUCCUUCUUCUCAAGGUGGUGGCAGGAAAGGUCUUCCCAAGUCUUUCCUUAACCGAUUCACAAAAGUUUAUGUGGACGAGUUAGUGGAAGAUGAUUACCUCUUCAUCUGUCGCUCGCUUUACCCAUCUAUUCCCAGUCCACUGCUUUCAAAGCUUAUUGCUCUCAAUAGACAAUUACAUGAUGGUACUAUGGUAUCUCGAAGAUUCGGUCAGGAUGGCUCACCGUGGGAGUUCAAUCUACGUGAUGUGAUAAGAUCAUGCCAGUUUAUGCACGGGGCAACAUAUGACUUAGAAGUUGAAAGCUUUCUCAAUGUUCUUUAUGUUCAAAGAAUGCGUACCGCAACUGACCGCAAGGAAGUUCUGAGUAUCUAUAAGGCUAUUUUUGAUAAAUACCCUUCUAUAAAUCCUUAUCCUCGGGUUCAGCUAAAUCCUGGAUACUUAGUUGUGGGAACUGCUGCUAUUAAAAGAAAUUUCACUCAGACUUAUGUUUCCAGUGAGCAGUUGAAGAUUUUGCCUGAAAUCCGUCAGAAUCUGGAAGCUGUUGCACAUUGUGUGCAGAAUAAAUGGUUGUGCAUCCUAGUCGGACCAUCGUCAUCUGGAAAGACUUCAGUGAUCAGAAUAUUAGCUCAGUUAGCAGGAUUUCCUCUUAAUGAAUUGAAUCUUUCAUCUGCGACUGACAGCUCUGAUCUACUCGGUUGUUUUGAGCAAUACAAUGCAUUCCGUAAUUUCAGAUUGGUGGUCGCUCGAGUUGAGCAUCUUGUUGAUGAGUAUAACAGUCUGUUGUCACAGUCUACCCAGGAGGCCCUUUUGAGCAAAAGGAAAAGCUUAGUUUCCAGCUGGCUUUCCUUUUUAUAUAAGAUUGAUUCCUGUCUCUUAGAAAACCCUUCAUCCUUCUUGAACGACUCUGUCUCACUCUCUAAAUUAGUUGAAAUUGUAGAAUAUCUGAGAAAGGUCUUGGAAGAAGGUCUUUUGCCAGUUAGUUGGUCAAAAAAGAAUCUGGACCAAAUCAUGAAGACAAUAUUGAAGCUGAAAUCCGAUGAGAAGAAACAGUCAACGAAAUUUGAAUGGGUGACUGGAAUGCUGAUAAAGGCAAUAGAAAAUGGAGAGUGGGUUGUUCUUGAAAAUGCAAAUCUCUGUAAUCCCACGGUACUUGAUAGAAUCAACUCUUUGGUGGAACCUUGUGGAUCAAUCACUAUAAAUGAAUGUGGGGUUAUUGAUGGCGAACCUGUAACUGUUAUUCCACACUCCAACUUUCGUUUGUUCCUGUCUGUUAAUCCAAAAUUUGGGGAGGUGUCAAGAGCAAUGCGGAAUAGGGGUGUUGAGGUAUUUAUGAUGGGGCCUCAUUGGCAGCUGAAUGAGGAAGAUUCUAACAGUGAUGAGCUCGUGCUGAGAGGUGUGGAAAGGUUUCUUGCUCUAUCAGGUAUUCCAGGUGACAAGCUGGUUGCCUCCAUGGCCAAAGCACAUGUUCAUGCAUUGCGUAAUGGUCAAAGCAUUGGUGUACGGAUCACGUAUCUUGAGCUUGAACAGUGGGUUCACCUCUUCCAACUGCUGCUCAUGAAUGGUAAUCAACUUCUGUGGAGCUUACAGUUAAGUUGGGAGCACAUUUAUCUCUCUUCCCUUGGAGUAACUGAUGGAAAAGAUGUUGUUGAUCUUGGACGUGAUACGUAUUUGUCAGAUAUUGAAUCAUUUAUAGGUGGGGGUAUGUGCCUACCUGGGGGGUGGCCAAAGCCUUUCAAUUUGAGAGACUUGAUGUGGUACUCAAGAGAAACAACUGUUAGACAGAAUUGCAUGUAUCUGGAGUUCGUAGGAGCUCAGUAUGCAUUAAAUCAGUCUGAAAUAAGCUGCAAUGUCAAUUUGAGAGAUGGGAAAUUGGCUGCUGGGGAACCGAGAAUAAUUUAUACUAUUGACUCUCGGGCGUUAAAUAGAAUCUUGUUUCCUAAAGCCUUAACUGGGUCAACUUGUGAAGCAGAUACAGCAAAAUUUGACCAUGGUUCUGCUUCAAAGAAGCUAUUAUAUGCUGCCAAUUGGACAAUGGAACAAGCAACCGAAGAGGAUAUUCAACUCUAUCUGGCGUGGUUUAGUUGGUUUAGUUCCAGGCUGCAACAAUACUGUCCGUUUUUCCUGUAUUUUCUCAGUAUGUUGAAAGAUGAGUUGCAGCAUCCAAUCUGGAGUCAUAUAUUUCGAUGUCGAAAAAACCUGAAAUCCCUCUGCAAAUUGGAUCCAGAUGCUGUUCCAAUUCCGAUGAUGUCCUCCAAGUUGAUUGAUAUAGCAGCAUCAAAUGUUCAGUCAAAACCUUACAGUAAACCCCUCUUUGAGUCUCUCAACUCUGUUGGCGUUCUUCGGCUUUCCUAUCAGCAAUGGCUUGCCGAAAGUAACUAUAAUCACACCGAUGUAUCCUCCUUUGUUCGCUUUUUGGAUUCGCUUCGCGCAUUGGAGAAGAAAAUUCUUUGCGAAAUUGUUGGAUCACCUUCUUUCAGUGUGUUGAUUCAGCUGUACACAGAAGUUAUUGAAAAGCAUUCAUUAUUUUGGUCUCGUCUGGUCUCUUCUUCAAAUGAGUAUAUUUUGUUUUCCUUUUGGUCACUGAUAAAGGCUGUCAAAAAGUUGCACAGUUCUUAUCCUGAAGAAGUUCAAGUAGUUCUGGAGGAAAGCAAAAAUAUUAACCAUAUAGCUUUGCAUGGUGACCCAGAAAAGUCUUUAUUAUGGGCUUAUGGGGGGCAUCCUUCCUUGCCGGUAUCUGCAGAGCUGUACCAUAAGCAGCAGGAAUUUCUACAGCUCUGCAGUACAGUUUGGCCAUUGAAAUUUGAAUCAGAUGAACAAGGAAAUGAUCAUCUUAACAAAGCCAUUGCUUUCUCUGGCCCUGAGCUAUGUUUGCUUGCCUUGGAAGGUCUUUGCAUUUCAUCAUACAUAGCGGACAAAGAUGAUAAAAAUUCAGUAGCUGCUGUUCAGCUGAAUGAGAUCUACCAGACGUUUUCGAAGAGGCUGGAACUAGAGAGGAAGAGACUGGAGGAUAGAGUGGGUUCCAGUGAGAAUGAUAAUAUUGAAAAUAAAUCUGUUGCAUGCUGUGGUUUCCACCCAGAGAAUGUGGCUACAGGGUCUGGCUUCAGCAGUUGCGUGAAGAUAUGUUUUAUUGUUAGUAGUGAAAGUAGUUCGUUAGACGUAGAGUUACUUGCUGUACUGCAGCACCUCUUGGUGACUCUAUCUACUGAACAUAAGGAUCUUGUGGACGUUCGAAAACUGCUUAAACCUGCUCUAGAGUAUUCGUUAUCCUCAACAAGACCUCCACAAACUCUUGUAGCUCAUCAAAAACUCCUGUGGGCAAUUGAUGCACGUGCCUCUGUACUAGGAGUGGACACCAAAAUUGCUGGUUUUGUUCUCGAGAUGUGGUACUGGUGGCAUUCUGUUUUGUGGAAAAAUAGUCAAAUCGGUCUCAUGGGCCUACAGAGUAUCUCAACAAUCGGCAACUGUCCGGUUCUUUCGCCUUCUAUGCUUAUUCAGCCUGUGAAAACAGCUACCGUUGAUCAGAUUCUGGAAAGUGCUUUUUCUGUGAAGGAUUAUCCUGUUCAAUCAAUGAAACUUCUUUCUGCUUCACGAUUUCUAUGGAAAAGCUCACAACCCCAUCAAGACAUGCCUGGUUCUUUACUGUCAAUAGCGCGUUCCCUUUUCCAACAGAUGAUAUAUACGCACAAAAAGUCAUUUGAGCCUGAAAUGUUUGCUGAAAUUAAGUCUGCAUUCGAUGCGAUUGAGAAGGAGCAGAACAUGAUGGAAGGCAUUCAGAAUCUCGUCUCACUGAUCCGCUCAUCAACCCAUCAGAAAUUGAAAUCUGUUACGCACUCAUUUGUCGAACCAUUGGCGAAACAUCUUUAUUCUAAGUGCUCAUCAAAUGAAUUCUACGUCAAUCUUGGUAUGGCCUGGAUAUAUCUUGGAGGACUACGCUUCCAUCUUUUGAAUAGCUUGGAUGUGAUAGAUCCAGCCAUGAAGAUCACUUGUAAGCUGUCAGAGCUAGAAGAUAAAAUUUUAUCGCUGAAGCAAAAUAUCGAGGUCCGGGGAGAAUGUGAGUAUCUGUCUGGAAUGCUUUAUACUGGCAACAAUGACGAAAGAACUGAGCAGACACUGUCUAAGCUCAAAACUGAAUGUAAAAACUUGCAAAGGAAGGUUAUUUUUCGCUCUGAUCCUAGUAAGUACCAGAAUUUGAGAAGAGCGCUGGAUGAGUUUGCGGGAUUUCUCACACGUCCUAUAAGUCUGAUCAACGAAAUUAAACUGCUUGAUUGGAACCAGGUUGUUGAGCAAGUUUUCAACUGGCAGGAGACGGCAACAUCUUUUAUAGAUCGGUUGUCUAGUGAUUAUCCCGAAUAUGUUGAUAUAACUCAGCCAAUACAAGUUUCGGUAUACGAGAUGAAAUUAGGUUUAUCACUCUUUGUCUCUGGUGCUCUCUUGGGAAAAAGUCUCAACAAAGUUGGCAUAGAUAUGGUUGACUCUGUCAUGGAAACAAUUUAUGCUUUAAUGAGAUUUCCAAGGGGCUCCUCCUUAGCUUCAACUACCUACAUUGAGAGCUUGCCACCACUGCACCUUUCUCAUGAUGCAGAUUCUCGUGCUAAGUCCUUAGGUCUGGAUGUUAGCUUGCUGCACAAACUGAUCUCGGUUUCAAGUUCAGAAGAUUCAAGAAAAGUCUCCGAGUUGCAACUAAAAAUUGCUUUAUACAAAAAUCUGCAUGCUCGUGUUUUGCAUUUUGUUGCCAAUGCUGGGCUAAUGGAUAAAGCUUCUUUUGAGAUAUUAGGUAGAAUUUAUUUUGAAUUGGUGAGAAAUUGGAUGGAGAUGAAGUUUCAAGUAAGGACAAAGGCCGACGCUCUCUCUGGAAUUUACAAAUUUCGUUCCCGUGACUUCAAAAUUGAGAGUGUCAUGGAAGUAGAUAUAACUGCCCUUGGCAAGUACUUUCCAAAUGAUAGUUUCUCAGAAUGGCAGGAGUAUAUGGCUGAUGAUGAUAUGAAACUUAUGACACCAACCAACCAGGAUGAAGAAAAUUUGGAGGAUGAUUGGGACUUGAUACAGGAGCAUCUGGAUAAUAUAUAUAGCACACAUAAUGAGUUAUUUGGCUUCUGUGAUCUCUCUGAAAAGUCUGGAAGAUUACGUAUUACUGACAGUAGAACGCUGGAUUCAUUCACUGAUUCUUAUGAACUUGGAGUCAAUAUGAUCAAAGGACUAAGGGGUUUAUUUACAUCAAGCUUGGAUGCAAAACUUGUUCCCGAACACCUACUUCGUCUUUGCGUGGAAUACCAAAAAACUUUCACUUCUUACGAUCAGUCUGCCAGUAAAUACAACUUUUACAAGGACUUUGAUGGUCCUAAGCUGGGGAAAAUGGUCAAGUUCCUCAUCCCACUUCAACGGAAAAUUUAUUCUUUAUUGCAAGAACAGGAGGACCAUCCUGGUCUUCAGAAACUUUCCGAUGUCCUUCGAAUGCUCUUGGAUAUUCCUUCAAAUACUCCGCUGGCAAAGGCUCUUUCAGGAUUGCAAUUUCUGCUUAGCAAGGUUCAGAAGCUACAGGAAGAGGGAUGUAAAUUGCCCAUCUCUGAUCUUUUGGAGCCAAUUAUUUCCCUCGCAAGCUCUUGGCAGAAGGUUGAAUUUGAGCGCUGGCCUACAUUGCUUGAUGAGGUUCAGGAUCAGUAUGAACUAAGCGCUAGGAAGCUCUGGCUUCCUUUGUUUUCAGUUCUGUUCCAGAAGGAUUGUGUUGAAAUUUCAGAACAUGAAAACGAGUUUAUUUCACAAAGUUUGGUGGAGUUCAUUGAAACGUCAAAUAUUGGUGAAUUUAGGAGACGUCUUCACCUUCUCUUUUGCUUCCUUCUUCAAUUAAGUAUGGGUGGCUCGUUGGGAAUGUAUUCAAGUGAUUCACACAAGAGGAAGGUGGAGAUUUGCUACAAUAUUUUUGGAUUCUAUAGUCAGUUCUUACCGGCUGUACUGGAGCAGUUAGAUUUGAAUAGAAAAAAAGUUGAAGCUGAGUUAAAGGAGGUUCUAAAACUUUGUCGGUGGGAGAGAGCAGAUAAUUAUCUGUACACUGAGACUACUAAAAGAACCCGGCAAAAGGUCAAGAAGCUGAUACAAAAGUUUACUGACAUGCUGCGGCUCCCUGUAAUGCUUGAUAGGCCAAACCUAGCUAAGGAACGAGUUCAAUGUCUCCCUCUACUAGGUCCAGAUCUUAUGAAUGUAGCAUCCGACAUGAGGAUCGAGGUUUUAGUUAGUGAUUUAGAUGCAGAACAAUUGAAUGACAGGUUUUCCUGGUAUGCUGCUUGGAGGAAUAAAUUAAAGGAAUCGGUGGGAAGCUACCACCAAGAAAUGCAUCUUAAAACAUUGCUGAUGAGUGAAGAGCACCACAAUCCUUCCCCCGUGUAUCAGGGUGAUUGGAAAAAUUUGUGGAGUGCAGUCGCUAAGAUUGGUGGAAAGAUAGCUGGCUGUUCAGAAUUAUGGAGAAACAAUGACAGAGAUGUUGCAAAAAAGAGGGAACUGACUGAACUUCUCAAGUUAUUAGAAAAUAGUGGUUUGCAAAAACACAAGUUCGAAAAUGUAGAGGUGUCAAAAGAUUUGCUUAAUCAGCCAGCAUACGACCCAAAGCAUCUGCUGCUGCUAACACAUACCAAAAGUAGCAUACAUGCUUCCAAGGUUGUGGAAGAUCAAAACAAGGAAAAUUCACUGGUUGAGUGGAGAGCGGCAAAUGAAUUUUACUUCAAGAGCUUGGCUUCAGUGCAACUCUUGUUAAAUAUUGACCGAAAACACUCAGAUGUUACAUCGGAGCAGGUUAAGCGGUCAAUCUCAUUUCUCAACCAUCUUGUUGAAAUACAACGUCAGCAAAGGAAAACUGCUUAUGGCUUCGCUGAACUUCUAAACCGCCUUCGCCAAUGUGUUUUAUCUUUAGCAAAAUUACUGGGGGACUCAAUUGAGGGGGACAGAAAGGACGAUUCCGUGUUGAGUUUUCCCCGAAAUCAACAUGCUAUCUUCAAUUGCUUGUGGCUACAGAAGCAACUAUUUGAUAACGUUAGUGCAAUGCUUCUUGAGGAGUUGGCGUUGCUGAGAACUAUUGGAAGUACACACUUGGACUCCUGUCAAACUGUUAAAACCUCAUCACAUAGUUUGCUCAGCUUAAUAGAAAAGCUAAUUCCCAUCGCUCAAAAUUCUAAGGCUUCACUGGAUAGGCUUCUACUUGACUCCAACGGUUUUAUCAUCACGCCAAGUAGCUGUCUUAAUCAGUUUGUCACACAGCAUAUGGUUCAGCUUCUACACCAGAACUUUGAUCGGCUUACAGACCUUGAGAAUCAAAUUUCGACUUUCUGUGAAGACAAUGAGAAAAGCUAUGCUAGAGACGUUCUACUUAAUCAUUUUUCCCCCGUGUUUAAAGAGGGGAAAUUGCUGGCUGAAAAUCUGAAGUCUUUAGUUAAUGCUGGAGACCAGUCAACUGGAAUGGAACCCAAGGAACAAUUUGCUUUUGAAGAAAACCUUGCAAGGACAUUUGCAAAUGUUAGGGUUGUGAUUGGAAAGCUUUGCUCUUAUAAAGACGAAAAUGUUUCUCAAGAAGAGGAAGGGAAGAUUACUACAUGGGAUUGUCUGUUUAAGAAGGCAGAAAAUGACCUGAACCUUGAUAACCUAUGUAAAAUGCUGUCAGAAACAUUUGGUUCCAUUGCACAACUGUUGAACUCAUCGGGCGUCCUUUCAGCUUGUAUUGGAGACCAGUUGAAGCAACUUCAAGCUUUUUUGGAUCUUUUAUUGAGCUUUGGCGAUUGUUACCUCCAAGAGUUUUUGGCCAUAAGUAAAACGGUGUCAAUGAUAACCCAUGUCCUCGCAAGUGUUCUUGCCGAUCUAUUUACAAAAGGAUUUGGCAUCUCCAAAAACGAUGAAGAUGAUGGAUCUAACGCUGACAAAUCAGAAGCGGCAGAAGGUACUGGUAUGGGAGAUGGUGUGGGUACAAAAGAUGUAAGUGACCAAAUAGAAGAUGAAGAUCAACUGCUCGGCACAGAUAAGAAGGAAGAGGAAGAGAAAGAGCAAGAUACUCCGGAAGAUGUGCUGAGUAAGAAUAAAGGCAUUGAGAUGAGCGACGAAUUUGAUGGGAAAGAGUAUAGUGUUAGUGAGGAUUCGGAAGAAGACGAUGACGGCGAGGAAGGCGAGGAUGAGCCGUUAGACUCUAAAAUGGGAGAUGCGGGAUCUGAUGCUGAGAAAGCUGAUGAAAAGCCGUGGGACAAGGAUGAAGAUGAGGAGGCAGGAAAUAUGAAUGAGAAGAAUGAAUCUGGACCAUCUGUUGUAGAGAAGGACACAAAGGAGCUAAGAGCCAAGGAUGAUGGUGUUGACACUGCCGAUGAGCCGGAUGAGUCCAAUACUUCUGACAAACCGGAAGAAGGAAACGAUGAGAAUGUGGAUCAGGAUAAUUUUGGUGACACAGAAAAUUUAGAAGAUAAAAUCCAGAACAAGGAAGAAGCACUUGCAGAUCCACCUGGACUAACUCCUGAUGCGGGCAAGGAACAGGUUGAUGAUGAAAUGGAAAUUGACAAAACAGAUGAGGUCGAAAAGGAAGAUCCAGCAGAUCAGCAGGACGAACCUUGUCCAGAAGAUAAGCAUCCUGAAGAAGGUGAAAAUGAUCAAGAAACGGAAGAGCCUGCUGAGGAAACAAUAGAGGCUAGGGCUGAAGAUGUGUGUGAAACACUCCAAACGGAAGAUCCUGGAAAUGAUCUUGAACAGAAAUCUGAAACGGAACCAAUAGAAGGAAAAGAAGUUAUAUCAGAAGAUAUGAAGCCGAACUUCUGUAAUGAUAAUAUUUCUGGCGUAGAUUCUGGUUCACAAAAUCCUCAUGGAUCUAAUGGGUCGGGAGCUGGAAGCACAGCACCACAAGAAGAUUUGUCAGCUACUAAUGUUUCGGAUGAACUCACGGAUUCAAUGGAUCUGCCUUCGGGUAGUAACACUGAGAUGAACUUCACGAUGACUGGGUUGGCCAAUGGUGAGGCAUUGACGGACAACAUACCAAAGAUGGAAUUUCCUCAAAACCAGUCAUCUACAUCUCAGCAAACCAAGGUGAAUCCGUAUAGAAACGUUGGUGAUGCAUUGAAGGAGUGGAAAGAAAGAGUUAGAGUCUCCUCAGACCUUGGAGAAAAGCAAGAGGCUGAAAACGAGAUGGAAGACCCUGAUGCUGGUGAAUAUGGUUUUGCUUCUCAGUUUGAUGCAGGAACUUCCCAAGCUCUAGGACCUGCGUUGCCUGAGCAAGUGAACACAAAUAUGAGAGAGGGGGAAUCUGAGGAAGAAAGACUCGCAGGUAAUCAAGAUGAAGCCUCUCCGAUGGAUACUGAUGAUGUGAACCCUGAAAACAAACCUGCUGUUCAGUCCAAACCGUCGAUCAGGAAUAGCAUCGCUGAACCGGUCCAAGAACCAGAUACAGACAGGACCCACCAAGAGAGCUCUCCCAUUCAAAAUUUUGAUGAUGGCAACAGCAGGAUGGACUCUAUGGUCUCUGUCGACAAUACCUUCUUGGGGGAAGAUUGUAAUCCGGACUGGAUGCAGGUGACUGACAAGGACUCAGAAAACAAUCAGGAUAAUGAGGAAGAUCCUGAUGCCAGAAGUAAUGCAGUUAAUCUUUGGAGGAGAUGUGAGUUGCUUACUGCGAAACCGUCUCAGGAACUGGCUGAGCAGCUGCGUCUUAUCUUGGAACCCACACUUGCUAGCAAGCUCAGUGGUGAUUACAGAACGGGUAAAAGGAUCAACAUGAAAAAGGUUAUUCCAUACAUAGCGAGCCACUAUCGGAAAGAUAAAAUUUGGUUGAGGAGGACAAAACCAAACAAGCGUGAUUACCAGGUGGUUAUUGCUGUGGAUGAUUCCCGUAGUAUGUCGGAAAGUGGAUGUGGUGAUUUUGCAAUUAGAGCUUUGGCAACCGUAUGCCGAGCUAUGUCACAGCUUGAGAUGGGAAGUUUGGCGGUUGCAAGUUUUGGUAAGAAAGGAAGCAUAAAGAUGUUGCAUGAUUUUGGACAGUCCUUCACCACAGAAUCCGGUAUCAAGAUGAUCUCAGGGUUAACAUUUAAACAAGAAAAUCUCAUUGAAGAUGAACCUGUCGUCAAUCUUUUGAGAAGCUUGAAUGAAAUGCUUGAGAAUUUGGCCAGCACAAGGAGACAGUCUUACGGGAGCAACCCGCUUCAACAACUUGUGCUAAUCAUCGGCGAUGGCAAGUUCCAUGAGCGAGAGAAAUUGAAACGAUCUGUGAGAAAGUUUCUUCAGCAGAAACGUAUGGUGGUAUAUCUUCUUCUUGAUAACGCGGAACAAUCGGUUCUGGAUUUACAGGAAUUUGUUGCACAAAUGGUAGAUACUAAUACUCCUCAGAAGAUUGGCCCUCUAAAACAAAUGACAUAUAUGGAUUCCUUCCCUUUCCCGUACUACAUUGUGCUGAGAGAUAUCGAAGCCUUACCCAGAACACUUGGUGAUGUCCUGAGACAGUGGUUUGAGCUGAUGCAAAGCUCGCGGGACUGAACACUUUUUGGAUGAGAAAGGUCGAGGGCUACAAUUUUGGUUUUGUCCGGUGUGAUUCUUGCUUAGCUUUAAUUGUAUGCAUUAUGUACAAAAACCAUAGUUAUUCACAACGGAACCACAAUGCUGUUAUUUAUAUCCCUAUAUAUAAAUAAG